AUGGCCGACAGAUUCCCAUCCUUGGAGGACUUUGAUUCUGGUGCCCAAACCGACAUCAAGGACUCGGGCGCCUCACCUUCUGCCGACGACUUCCUUGCUCGCGAGAAGGCCCUUCUUGGCGAAGAUGCAAACCAAUUCGCUACAGCUGGCGACUCUGCUGCCUUCAACGCUGGCGACGACGAUCUCCUAGGUGGCGGAGGCAGCGGCAACGUCAUUAGCGAAGAGUCCACGUUCGAGUCGCAGUUCCCCGACCUCGCCAACCAGAACGAUGUUCGUCUUCCCACGAUCUCGGACUUCACCCCCGGUGCGAUCCCAGGCGCCGGCAUCACCGCAUCCAGCGUCAACUACAACUCCGGCUACAACACCUACGUCGAGGAAGAGGAGGAGCCCGCGGUGAUCCGCGAGUGGCGUGAGAAGAGGGAUGCACAGAACGAGAAGCGGGCGCAGCAGUUCGCUGCCCAACGCGAGGAGACCAUCAAGGAGGCCCGAGAGAACAUCGACGACUUUUACAACAAUUACAAUGCCAAGAAGGAGAAGGGCAUUUCCCAGACGCGCAAAGAGGCAGAGCAGUUCCUGGCUAGUCGUGAGGACACCGUCUCCGGUGGCACAAGCUGGGAAAGAAUCGCGAAGCUGGUCGACGUUAGCGGAAAGGGCGCCAAGGGUGGUGCCUCUGGCUCUGGCAAGGAACGCUUCCGUGAGCUCUUGGUUAGCCUGAAGAAGGACGAGAAGGCGCCAGGAGCGAGCGGUUAUUAG